AUGAGCUCUGUUACAGAAAUAGAAACAUAGCUAAGGUAAAAAAAUACUGGUAUUUCAGAAGAAGCUAGAAAAGCAUUAUUGGAUGACGUAAAUACAAGGAUAGAUCAAGCUAAGUCUGCAAUAAACCAAAGCCUAAGCUCUCACAAGAAGGUUGUCAAUAGUGCAUUAGAUGAUCUAGUGAAGAGAAUAGAUCUUUUGAAAAUUGCUCCGAUAAACCAGGAUGGGUCUAUUUAAUAAGUUGACUAGUUCGAAAAAGCCUAGCAAAAAGCGAAACUUAACAAAAAAGUUUUUUCUCAAAAGAUAUUUGUAGAAAGAGAUUCAUUACUGACAGAAGGAGAUAAAUCUGAUGCGAACUUUAGAACUCUUGAGAACAUCUUCAUAGCCUUUUUAGCUUUGCUUGGAAUUCAAAUUUGUGUUGAAGAGUAUUUUGAGAAUGGAAACUUUUUCCCUGGACUCGAUUUAUUUUACUGGGUUUUCGGGUAGUUCGGCACAGUCCUCUGCACCCUUGGAACUAUUUAUUUAGUCUAACUUUCAGCAAUAUUCCUUGUUUAGAUGGUACAUCAUAACAAACUAAGGGCCUUCGUUUAUAUUCCAAUGUAUGGAAUGAUAUAAAUCGGAAUGUAUUUAAUAGGUCUAUAUGCUUGCUAUUACUAUAGACUACCACCUGCAUCAGGUAUAGUCGUUAGUGCCGAACUUGCUAGAGUAUCGAUGAAGGUUCAUGCAUAUUUCAGAGAAAAGAUUAUUAAUGGAGUUAACAAGGAUGGCGAAUUAGCUCUCUACAUUCCUGAGUGGGCUAAAAAACUAGGUGUUAAAGAAUCUGAUCUAGACUAACCAGUAAUUGACAUUCAAGGUAAAAUUUAUCAAUUCUUAACAUUUUCUUUAGAUACAAUUACUGAGAUAAAGAGAUUUGCAUAUUUCUUCAUUUGUCCUACUCUUGUUUAUAGAGAUUCUUAUGUUGUAAGAAGAAAGAUCAGAUGGAAUGUAGCCCUUAAGAAUUUAGGCACUUUCUUGUUCCUUAUUUUUUAUGUUUGGUCUAUCUUCAAAGGACUUUGCAUUCCAAUGUUUAAAGAUUCAGUUGCCAACCCAGGUGGUUUCAGAAUAUUCUUUAGUCAGGUGAUCUUCUCAACAGUCAGCGGGAUUGUUCUUAUGCUUUCACUAUUCUAUGGAAUUCUUCACUGCUGGUUUAACUUCUGGGGAGAAAUCUUCAAAUUUGGAGACAGACUGUUUUAUGAAGACUGGUGGAAUGUGAAAGAUUUUUCAGGCUACUACAGAAAAUGGAAUAUAGUUGUUCAUGAAUUUUUAUACUACUACAUCUACCAAGAUAGUAUCAGAUUUACCAGAGGUGCAUUUACCAGAAACCAUGCUAAACUACUGGUAUUCUUCAUAUCAGCUAUCAUUCAUGAAAUUAUCAUAACUUGCGGAUUUGGUUUCUUCUUCCCCAUACUUUUCUUACUAUUUGGUGGACCAGGAGUUAUUUUCACAACCUUCAAAUUUGGAAAUAGUGGAUAUGCUGGUACAAUGUUCUGGCUAUUAAUGCUUAUUGGUUCUGGAAUUAUUUUAGUUUGCAGUUGCAGAGAGUUCUAUGCUAGAUAAUCUCCACUUGCUCCAGAUCUAUUAAGAGAUGGUCUCUGGGCUUAUCUUUAACCUCAAAGCUUAAGAUUCUACCUUGAGUAGUUUAAAUGA